GUCAUAUUGGAAAGGGCUAUUCUGAUAAAGUGUGUGUUCCUCACUGUAUGUGGUAUCACCAGCACUAUGUACCACCGUCGAUGCGUUGUUCAAAGGUGUGUGUCGACGUUGCGUCGGUAGAGUUCGUAUUAAGGAGAGAGCACGCCUAAAAAAAUUAUCACCAUGGUGGUGAKUAAUUUUUAUUGGAAGGGUGUCAUAACCUGUGGGAGAGACUGUCCUAAUAGUGAUGUAAAAUGUGUGCUAGUAGAAAAGUGAGUUGAUGCUCUUAUCAAGGAUCGACAAACUAUGAAAUCUAGAAUGGAUCGCUGUGGGGAUCGAGUGAGAUGCGAAUCGAAUGAGUCAAGUCACUCACGCAAGUGAAUGAGAUGAGUCACGUCGAUGAUAUGAAUCCUAGGGGAUCGCGUGAGUCAUACAUGUAUGGUGUGUAUGAAUCGUAGAUAAGUAUCUUAUGUACGUGUAAUAUGUAUGAAUCAUACCCACGGUCUGAUAUCCUACGGACAACAGGAAGUGAAUGUAAAAAACCAUGUACUGCUUCUGCUUCUUGAUGUAGUAGUCAGAGUAGUCAUGGGUCCAGUAGCUUACAGUAUCUGGUAAURCAUCGUUUUGUAUGUCCCAGCUGUAAGAAUAUUAUGUUAACAAUUCACCACCAGUACUAGUACUAGUAGUAAAGAAAUACGGCGGUAGUACUAGUAGUAGUGGUAGGACGAGUGCUGGAACAAACAUCCAUUUGAUAGUAUCCAAGAAAAYGGUAUGCUCAGAAUCCUCAUAAAAAACUUUUGGUGUAGACAGACUAGUAAAACAUUAUGUUUUUAGUACUAUUUUUGAUAAAGUUAUUACUAAUUGAAAGUUGAAUAGUUUUACUUGCUAGUAGUAGUAUUAGUACUUCGCAUCAAAAAUGAGAUUUUUAAAAAAUCAUGAGGGGACUUMUUGGAAACUAGAAAAAAAUUCGUCACGCCCCCUCUAAAUUUAUGACUCUGCCUUCACAUGCGGUGGAUCUUUGAAUCGCUAAAAAUAAAACUUUUGAUGCCUCUCUGUUCUUUCUUUCAUUCCUUGUCACCCGUCGUGUCAAACUCGAUCCAGCGAUCUACGGUAGGAAUUCUUGUGAUUUGUUCCGCUAAAUGGUCAGUCAUCAGAACAAAAGUACUACGAAGUACUUCUAAUAUGAAACCAAAAGAAGAGAAGCGUAAAAAMGGUUCUGACCAUCGCGGUGACAAAAUCUUUGCUCGAAACAUAGCUAUUGCAUAGCACUAUUGUUCUCGCCCGAAAAUAUAUCCUAGUUUGCACAAACAUCGAGGUGUUGAUCGAUCAUAAUGACUGAUACCGUGGCAAGAAGAUCUAUGAAUCUMGCAAGGAGUGAGAAUGGUGAGUUUGUGGAGAGCAUUAAUGCGUAUCGAUGUGACCCAGUUGCUCUUUGCGAUCUGACCAAUCGACUUUCCCCCGCUCUAUUUGUGUCAAAGAUUCAAGAAGCCCCGUGUCCGAGCGUCACUGCUCAAUUCUAUUGCAAAAGCACGUACCAGCUGAUUUCGAAUUUCCCACCGAAUGCAGCAAGUUCGAUAGUUUUCGCGCCGGUCUCGUCCGGCGCGAUAGCAAACAAAAAGAAGAAGCUAUUGCAUUUGCCGGAAUGGAUCCUGGCKCUGCGGUCAAGGCAAUGACUGCUAGGGAGCAGGGACAUCCCAGCGAAGCGCAACUCAUUCGUCGAAUGUCUUCUAGAAGGAACUCAAAAGAGUCUUCGUGGUUUUGAAUACCCUAGGUUUGGAAAGCAUCCUCUGUUGACUUGGAAUACAUUUUUCAUUCCUAAAUACUGCAGAUUGAUGUAGACAAAGUGUCGUUUGCUUCUCUAUGACCGAAUGCUUGCCUGCUCUCCACGCCUUCUUUGAUCCCCCUUAACACGCACUAGCGCGUAAUCAAUAAGUCUUCUGCCCAUUUGCAAGAUUUAUGAAUACACAUCCACAAUUACAUGCUACACUACGAAUUGAAGAAUACAUAUUCUACGACGCUGCGUCACACCAAUCCUAUUGCAAUGGCACCUCCAUCGUGAAUACUGCGAUAGAAAAAAUGAUGUUAUCUUAAUUAUACAAAAAGAUUGAUUGACAGCAACAAUGACUUGGGUCAUAUUUGUGCUGGAGUAAACGUUAAAAAAAGUU